AAGAAAAUAAAAAUAAUGUGGGUUGGAUAAGAAAUGGUUAGAAAAAAAGCAUGAUUAGAGAGAGAAAAAGAAUGAAUGAAUGAAAAAAUGAGUGAAAAUGAAAAAUGAAAGGACUGGAAUGGGAUGAGAAAUGUUAAAAGACUUGAAAGAGAGAGAGAGAGAGACACACAGACAGACAGACACGUUUGCAUGACUACUGCACCAAACACUUCCAGCAGUUCCCAGCAAGUCACCCAGACAGACAGACACUUCCCUUUCUGCUGCCAAACUAGAUAUGGAGGCGAUGGAGAAGAUUGGAAGAAGAAGAAGAGGAGGAGAGGAAGGCAAGGAGGAGGAGUCUUUGGAGGAGGGGAACAGGACGCCGCUUCUGUCUCCUGGCGGCGGUGCGGUGCGGCGGCGGCGGCGAGCCUUGGGGCCGCGCUACAAGCCAACGGACUGGGACGAGUCGCUCCCCUACGGCGGCAAGGUGUUUCUGGCGCGGCGGAAGUUACCUGACACCUGGCCCUGCGUGGCGCUACAGGUGCUGGUGGUGGCGGCGGGGCUGGGCCUGGUGUACUACGCGUGGUUCCACUCCGACCACAUGCACUUCCACUUGACGAAGGCCUACGCGCACCUCGGCCACAGGGAAGCUCAGGCCACCGUGGGACACAAGCUGCUGCACGGCAAGGGAGUUGAGCAGAACCACACGGCGGCAAUGGAGUGGUUCGGGCUGGCCGCUAAACAAGGUCAUCCUCAAGCCUCCUACAAUCUGGCCGUGGGUCAUCUCCAGGGGCACACGACGCAGCUCAGGCCGGGCGAGGCCCAUCAAUUGAUCCGCCACGCAGCCAUCCACGGCGUACCAGAGGCGGCCGAAGUGAUGGACCGGGUCUGUUCACGCGGCUACUGUGACGAGUAAGCCCUGCAGUCUCCCCUUCAGUGGCUCCGUUUUCUGUGGUGGUGGUGGUGGUAGUAGUAGUAGUAGUAGUAGUAGUAGUAGUAGUGGUGGUGGUGGUGGUAUUGUUAUUGUUUGUGUAGUUUUGUAUGGUUGUAUAAUUUUGGUUGUAAUAAUAAUAGUAGUAGUAGUAGUAGUAGUAGUAGUAGUAAUAAUAAUAGUAAUAAUAAUAGUAAUAAUAAUAGUAGACUUGUUAAUAUUUUCACUUAUGUUCGUUAUUUUAAUUUUUAUCAAUAAUUCGUGUUUUUUUUUAAUCUUUUUAUUUCUUCAUUUAUUUUAUUUCUUCUGUGUAUAUUUAUUUUAUUAUUAUUAUUAUUAUUUAUUUGUUUGUUUACCUGUUCACCUUGUUACCAAUUACCUGAUGAAAGCUUGGGAGUGAACACACACACACACACACACACACACACA